AGUUUGAGGCUGCACUGCACACCUGCACAACCUGUCUUCUACUUAGUUCUUCUGAGACAUUUCUGAAAGUCUGAAUUCCUAGGACUGCUCAGUGGCCUUUGUCCCUGUUGGCCACACGCAGUGUCUCAUCGCUGGUAUUGCACCUUUAAUGAGAUCAGGAGUUCCGCAAAAGUAAAACAAAGUCGGGGGUCACAGACUGGUUCUGGUUCUACCACUUCCUCAGUAUGUGCUCUGGGACAAAACAGCGUAUUUGGCAACAUCUCAAUGUCCUUAUCUGCAGCUUGAAGAGGCGCCACAGCAACAUCCUCAGAGUCUGAGCGAACUGCGCCCAGCGCGGGCACGGAGCCUCCCACCGCCAGCAACCUGCGGCCCCGGAGAAGGCAGCGAGCGCAGUGACAGCGCCUCACCGCCACCAGGUCCUGGACCACCAUGGCCAAGAACCGCAGGGACAGAAACAGUUGGGGUGGAUUUUCGGAAAAGACAUAUGAAUGGAGCUCAGAAGAGGAGGAGCCAGUGAAAAAGGCAGGACCAGUCCAAGUCCUCAUUGUCAAAGAUGACCACUCCUUUGAGUUAGAUGAAACUGCAUUAAAUCGGAUCCUUCUCUCAGAGGCUGUCAGAGACAAGGAGGUUGUUGCUGUAUCUGUUGCUGGAGCAUUUAGAAAAGGAAAAUCAUUCCUGAUGGACUUCAUGUUGAGAUACAUGUACAACCAGGAAUCCGUUGAUUGGGUUGGAGAUUACAAUGAACCGUUGACUGGUUUCUCAUGGAGAGGUGGAUCUGAACGAGAGACCACAGGAAUUCAGAUAUGGAGUGAAGUCUUCCUUAUCAAUAAACCUGAUGGUAAAAAGGUUGCAGUGUUAUUGAUGGAUACUCAGGGAACCUUUGAUAGUCAGUCAACUUUGAGAGAUUCAGCCACAGUAUUUGCCCUUAGCACAAUGAUCAGCUCAAUACAGGUAUAUAACUUAUCCCAAAAUGUCCAGGAGGAUGAUCUUCAGCACCUCCAGCUUUUCACUGAGUAUGGCAGACUGGCAAUGGAGGAAACAUUCCUGAAGCCAUUUCAGAGUCUGAUAUUUCUUGUUCGAGACUGGAGUUUCCCAUACGAAUUUUCAUAUGGAGCUGAUGGUGGCGCCAAAUUCUUGGAAAAGCGCCUCAAGGUCUCAGGGAACCAGCAUGAAGAACUACAGAAUGUCAGAAAACACAUCCAUUCCUGUUUCACCAACAUUUCCUGCUUUCUGCUACCUCAUCCUGGCUUAAAAGUAGCUACCAAUCCAAACUUUGAUGGAAAAUUGAAAGAAAUAGAUGAUGAAUUCAUCAAAAACUUGAAAAUACUGAUUCCUUGGCUACUUAGUCCUGAGAGCCUAGAUAUUAAAGAGAUCAAUGGGAAUAAAAUCACCUGUCGGGGUCUGGUGGAGUACUUCAAGGCUUAUAUAAAGAUCUAUCAAGGUGAAGAAUUACCACAUCCCAAGUCCAUGUUACAGGCCACAGCAGAAGCUAACAAUUUGGCAGCCGUGGCAACUGCCAAGGACACAUACAACAAAAAAAUGGAAGAGAUUUGUGGUGGUGACAAACCAUUUCUGGCCCCAAAUGACUUGCAGAGCAAACACCUGCAACUUAAGGAAGAAUCUGUGAAGCUAUUCCGAGGGGUGAAGAAGAUGGGUGGGGAAGAAUUUAGCCGGCGUUACCUGCAGCAGUUGGAGAGUGAAAUAGAUGAACUUUACAUCCAAUAUAUCAAGCACAAUGAUAGCAAAAAUAUCUUCCAUGCAGCUCGUACCCCAGCCACACUGUUUGUAGUCAUCUUUAUCACGUAUGUGAUUGCUGGUGUGACUGGAUUCAUUGGUUUGGACAUCAUAGCUAGCCUAUGCAAUAUGAUAAUGGGACUGACCCUUAUCACCCUGUGCACCUGGGCAUAUAUCCGGUACUCUGGAGAAUACCGAGAGCUAGGAGCUGUAAUAGACCAGGUGGCUGCGGCUCUGUGGGACCAGGCUUUGUACAAGCUUUACAGUGCAGCAGCAACCCACAGACAUCUGUAUCAUCAAGCUUUUCCUACACCAAAGUCGGAAUCUACUGAACAAUCAGAAAAGAAAAAAAUGUAAUUCAAAUUUUAAAAAAUACAGGUGCAUGACCAAUUGUCAAUUAAAUAUUCAGUUUUAUGUCUCCAUGCAAACAUUCAAAGUGCUUCCAUCAGAACAGAGUAAAAUACUAAACACCUCUGAAGACUGCAAACUGGAUUAGUUCUUUUACUUCAGUGUUUAAUAAGCAGAUGUAUGUAUGCAUGGUUAUACUAUUUUGUUAACAUGUACAAUUUCCUGAUUUUUCUUCAAAAAUGCUGUUAUAAAGUAUUUGUCUAUUUAUGAUAACAGUACAUGUGUUCUGCUUGAAUUUACUAAAUUCUACUACUGGGUUAUAAUUAAAUCAUGUGAUAUUCCA